AUGACUGUACAGUACGUCGAUGCUUGGUUUGUUACUAGUACGUGUAUAUUUAGCUGUGGUUUGACUACAAUGGACUUUGCAAAACUAUCACGCGCUACACAGAUCAUUCUUAUGGGAUUUACAUUUGUAUCCGGUAUAACUAUAAGUACAUUGCCAGCGUUGGUUAUUAAAACUCAAACUCAUAAAAGCCCUCAGGGUACCACAGUUGAUGACGACCAUGAUGAGACACAUGACGAAAAUAAUGAAGAGUUACCUAUAUCGAAUUUUCGAGAGCAACGCAAUUUACCGGAACAUGUUCGUGCUCAACUAGCAUCUUUGCCUACACCAGCCAAACUUCGUUAUCGUGCAUAUAUCAUGUGUAUUCUCCUCAUCCUUGGUACUUGUUUCACAAUCUACACAUCUGCUUAUUUUGCCAUCGGUGGAAGAAUUCAUAGACGCUAUAAGCCUGAAGAUUUACUGCAAGGUAAUACUAGUGUUAAUCCGUGGUAUGUUUCAUUUAUCGUUACCGUUACCGGUUUCAAUCAAAAUGGUUUGUCACCAUUUUCCGACGGUCUCUCACGCUUUGUCAAUGAUGUUUAUCUCAACGUGUUCGUAAUGCUGUUAGUGAUGAGUGGUACAUCGUUUUUUCCUGUCAUUUUACGUCAUGUUGUAUUUCUAUCACGUAUAUUGGCUCCGUGGCGUCAUAAAGUGAUUUUCGAUUAUAUUCUUUUGAAUAAUCAUCGUUUGUCUACACUCCUAUUUCCUACUCUACAAACUCGAAUAUAUCUUUUGAUCACAACGAUCUUGUAUAUACUUGGUGUGACCAUUUCGCUCAUACUCGAUUUCCAUAGCAAGGUGGUGGCGCAAUAUACACCUGGUGAACGCUUUCUUAUUUUUCUCUUUCAAACCAUUAAUACUCGUUUUGCCGGCUUUCAAACUGUAGACAUUAGUUCCUUUGCGAUUGCAACAUUGCUUGUUUAUCUAUUAUUGAUGGCCACGAAACCACAAAUGUUGUGUGGAUUAGAUGAAUUACCCUUCGAAAUAUAUUGGCUCACCUUAGAAGCACAAGAAGAAGGAAACACCGAAGCAAAAUCGGAUCAAAACUUUGCCAGGCGACUUUCAUCUACAGAUAAUCGUAGGCUAUCUAUAGCAGCAGGGAUAAGUACUGAUACUUUACCUCUGAAGACAAUGAAACAAUUCUUACGUCGACAUAGUUUAUCCACUAAAAACCUUGCACGAAAAGAAUUCUCUCAACACAUCAUCGAUAGCAAAAGCAGCCACAAACGAUCAAAGCGUCUAGCUGUCCUACGUAUUCGUCUGUUUUUCAUUCAUUUUCUACGAUCUUUGAUUAAGCAUUCCGUCAGCUUUUUCAUUUUAACUCGUACUUGGUUGUUUGUCUUUAUAUUUCUUAUAUGUGCUAUUGAAUAUCGUCGAAUGGCACCCGUAGAUCCAAAUAUCACCUUACUGAAGAUUAUCUUUGAAAUUAUAUCUGCAUUUGGAACUGUUGGUUUGACACUCGGCUAUCCAAAUGUAGCAUCCAGCUUCGGUACUGUUCUAUCACCAGCUAGUAAGGUGAUUCUCGGCAUAACUAUGCUGAUGGGUCGACAUCGAGGUUUGCUCGCAUCGAUGAAAGAUCAAGAAGUGAUUGAGUACAGUGCUGUUAAUGUGCUCGCUCGUCGACGUGAAGAACUUAUUCUUCAAUUCGAUCGUUCAAGAGAGGCUCGAGAAUCAAUUGUGCAAGGAUUAGAUUCUUCGAGUGAUAUAGUAAUUGAACGAUUCUAA